AUGCCGGCGAAAGCUACAAAAGGGAAAAAAACUGAAAAAGAAACCGGUGGUUCUACAACAUCGGGUGGUAAAGCGAAAAAGAAGAAAUGGUCAAAAGGAAAAGUUCGAGAUAAGUUAAAUAAUAUGGUAUUAUUCGAUAAAGCAACAUAUGAUAAAUGUGUGAAAGAUCUUCCACAAUAUAAAUUAAUAACACCAGCUGUUGUUUGUGAACGAUUUAAAGUGCGUGGUAGUUUAGCACGAUCAAUUAUUGGUGAAUUAGUUAAAAAAGGUCAAAUAAGACAAGUUGUCAAGCAUAGUAAACAAGAAAUUUACACAAGAGCGACAAAAGAUGAUGCUGCACCCGAAGCCGACGCAGCAAAAUAA